CGACAAAAGUGUAAAACAGAAGAGAGCACUGCUUCGUCGUCUAAUCUCUUCGCUGAGAAACUCUUGGGAACUGGGAAGAGCCAAAGAACGUGUUUCGUUUUGUGAGCUCUCUCUCUCUCGCCCUCUUACACUUCGCGCCUGUCUAUCGUUUCUUCCUGUAAAAGGCGUUUCUGAUGGCUCCUCUUACUCUCUCUGUUGAUGUGAAGAACUCUUCUUCUUCGACUUCUCUUGAUGUAUCGAAGAUAAUGCAAAGUCCACAGCUCAGAAAGAGCAAAGGCUUUGCAUCUGUUAAUACCCAAGAAGACAAACCCUUUGAUUUCUUCCGCUCUCUCUUUGAGGGAUUUAUAGCAGGAGGUACAGCUGGAGUUGUUGUCGAAACAGCUUUAUACCCAAUUGAUACAAUUAAGACAAGACUUCAGGCAGCUCGUGGAGGUGGGAAAAUUGUUUUGAAGGGUCUUUAUUCAGGAUUAGCUGGAAAUAUCGCUGGUGUCUUACCGGCUUCGGCUUUAUUUGUUGGAGUUUACGAACCCACAAAGCAGAAACUACUGAAGACUUUCCCUGAUCAUUUAAGCGCAGUUGCUCACCUGACUGCAGGGGCCAUUGGUGGACUUGCUGCCUCUCUGAUUCGAGUACCUACAGAGGUUGUGAAGCAAAGAAUGCAGACCGGACAGUUUACAUCAGCCCCCAAUGCUGUUCGACUUAUCGCAUCACAAGAGGGAUUUAAGGGUCUAUAUGCAGGGUAUCGGUCCUUCCUUUUGCGAGAUUUGCCCUUUGAUGCUAUACAGUUCUGCAUAUAUGAGCAGAUCUGCUUGGGUUAUAAAAAAGCAGCGCGUAGAGAGCUUAGUGAUCCUGAGAACGCUCUCAUCGGUGCAUUUGCUGGUGCUCUGACAGGAGCAGUCACCACUCCUCUUGAUGUUAUUAAGACAAGAUUAAUGGUUCAGGGAUCAGCUAAACAAUAUCAAGGAAUAGUUGACUGUGUUCAAACAAUUGUAAGAGAGGAAGGAGCUCCUGCACUCUUAAAGGGUAUUGGGCCAAGAGUGUUGUGGAUAGGUAUUGGAGGUUCAAUCUUCUUUGGUGUCCUCGAGAGCACUAAGAGAACACUUGCACAGAGACGUCCCAAGACGGUUAAAGAAUCCAAGGAGGAAUAAUUUUCUGGCAGCACACAAGAAAAAAUGGUUGGAAGGUGUUUAUUUAAUGUUUUUCACAUUUCAACCCCUUUGUGAGUUUUGUGUGAUCAGAGUUUGUCAUUUACCAAUGAUCAAUUCAACUUUCAUUAAAAAUAAAAUAGUGUCUGGUUUCAAAUUUGUUCCAUAUAAUUUUGAGAUUGUAUUUGAUAAUUUUCUUAAGGGAAAAUUUGAAAUAAAGGAGGUUUUUUUAACU